AUUGCAACAGAAGACAUGCUGUACACGGAGUCAGAUCUGGAAAAGAGCAUGGACAAAAUUGAAACGAUUCAUUUUCAUCAGGAGAAAGAAGUAAAUGGGAUUAAGUUUUGGUGUUACCAUGCCGGUCAUGUUCUAGGGGCAGCCAUGUUCAUGAUAGAAAUUGCUGGUGUAAAGAUUCUUUAUACAGGAGAUUUUUCUCGACAAGAAGAUCGUCAUCUCAUGGCAGCCGAGAUCCCCAGCAUUUCUCCCGACGUCCUCAUAAUUGAAUCUACUUAUGGUACUCACAUUCAUGAGAAGCGAGAAGACAGAGAGAACAGAUUUACAAGUACUGUCCAUGAUAUCGUUAAUCGCGGAGGAAGAUGCUUGAUUCCUGUGUUUGCUUUGGGACGAGCUCAAGAGUUGCUUCUGAUUCUUGAUGAGUAUUGGCAGAAUCAUCCUGAGCUUCACGAUGUUCCAAUCUACUAUGCUUCACACCUGGCCAAGAAAUGCAUGUCAGUGUUCCAGACCUAUGUCAAUGCAAUGAACGAGAAAAUCAAGAAACAGAUCGCCAUUUCAAAUCCAUUUGUAUUCAAACAUAUAUCAAACCUCAAGGGUAUCGAUCAGUUUGAUGAUAUUGGUCCUUCGGUUGUGAUGGCAAGUCCAGGAAUGAUGCAGAGCGGAUUGUCACGUGAACUCUUUGAGCAGUGGUGUACCGAUCGUCGAAAUGGUGUGAUCAUAGCUGGCUACUGUGUCGAGGGGACAUUAGCGAAGACUUUGAUGUCAGAACCUGAAGAAAUAGCAACCAUGACGGGACAGAAGAUUCCACGCAAAUGUUCUGUUGACUACAUUUCAUUCUCCGCUCACACGGAUUUCGAGCAGACAAGUGAAUUCAUUCGAAUCCUAAAGCCUCCUCACAUAGUGCUGGUUCACGGUGAACAGAACGAAAUGGGUCGACUAAAAGCUGCUUUGAUUCGAGAAUAUGAGGAUAAUCCAGAUGCAAGUGUGGUGGUUCACAACCCCCCUAACACUCAAAGUGUAGAGCUCUAUUUCCGGGGGGAGAAAAUGGCCAAGGUGAUGGGAAGUCUGGCCGCCGAAAAGCCCGAACAUGGAAAACCAUUGUCGGGAAUCCUUAUCAAGCGAGGGUUUAAUUAUCACUUGAUUGCACCAGAUGAUCUCCAAAAUUACACAGAGCUCUCAACGAGCGUUCUGACUCAGAAACAAACUGUCGCAUUCCACGGUGCCUUUUCUCUGCUUCUGCAGUGCAUGGAGAACUUGGCUGGUGAGGUGGAACAACUCACAUUACAGGGAGGCAAACUCGCGCUCAAAGUGUUUAAAACUGUCACAGUCGUUCAGGAGAAACGAAGUGUUGUUGUAGAGUGGAUGGCAAACCCUGUGAACGACAUGUACGCCGAUGCUGUCCUGGCUGUAAUUUUACAGGUUGAGUCUAAUCCCACAGCUUUUCAAGCUGCUCGUGCUAAGAAGCCAGACAUAAGCCAGUUUCCAGAAAGACUGAUGAAGCUUUUAAACGGCACUUACGGCGAAGAUGCUGUGACAAGAACCACAAAAGGAGAUCAAAUCUCCGUCAAGCUGGACGGACAGACAGCUGUCAUCGAUCUUGAAACACUGGAAGUGGAAUGCCCGGAUGAAAGUCUACAGAGUCACGUGGCCUGUGCGGUGAAACGACUUCACAAUACCAUGGUACCUUGCCAUUCCUGAGAUGAAUGGAGAUGCAAGACACCCUCAGGAUGGAAAAAAAAGUUGUAAAAUCAAGCUAAAUAACGCAUGCGUUUGCCUGUAACACUAAAUCCCCUUUAGAAACUUUUGCCUGCAGUAUCGCCUAUAAAAGUAGACAGAACUGCCUAUUGUAUCUUACUCUAUCACUUAACCUUAUGUUAUACAAGGAACAAGGGGCAUGGACAUCACGCUGUGUUUGUCUCAUUCCCUCUCUAUGAAUAUACCAGUUUAUAUCAAACCCUUGAGGAACAUUUGACUUGAGAACGCAAGAAGACUCUUAUUAAAACAUUUCUUAUAAAAAAAAAAAAAA